ACCAAGGAAACGAACGAAGAUGCGUCGCGAGGGACGGCAGCGAGGGUGGGUGCGCGUGUACGACCGGUCACUGGUGGACCCGGAGGGCAAGCGCCGCGCCGUGCAUGUCGUAGACGGCCCCGUGGUGGCCAACGGCGGCUACAUCAGGGCGUCCCGGAGGCCGACCAACCAGUCCAAGUCCGGCGGCCUCCGCGCGCUCGGCAGGGACGCCCUCGUGCAAGACGACGAGGAGGAGGAGCCGCAACUGCAUCCGCCGCUGGGCGCCGGACAUUCUGGGUACUACUGCACAACCACGUGCCAGUCACCCUUCAGAUUCGAGGCUGUGCCAUAUCAAUGGAGGUACGAUGCCUUCGCGCCCGAGGAAGUGCAAGCUCCUCGGCCGCCGCCGGCAGCAGCGCGUUCCGGGGGGAGAUCGGCGUCGCACAAGGGGAGCCGCAAGUUCAAGCACAGCGAGAUCAAGAUGUACUACCUCGACGCGGCCGAUGUCGUUGAUGGGCGUCUCGAUUAUCUCUAUUGACUUCGAUUCAUGAUUACUUUUCUCCCUUUGUUUUCCUAAGUGAAGUUCAGCAAGAGGAGUUGUAAACUAGAUCCGGUCGAUGUGUGUAUCUUUGUCCCUUUUGUUAUAAGUGUAUCCA